AUGGCAUCGGCGGCGGACACGCAACGGGACGUGUGGGGUGAUGCUGGCGAAUACGACAUCGGCUCUCUGUUCGCAUUCUGUUCGCCGUUGGCUUUGGUCACGUCCGCCCUGCAGCUUUUCCUACACGAGCAAAUGUUGUAUGGAUACCUCCUUUCCCUCCUUUGCCGUGCCAGAAGCAUGAUCCAGAGUCUCGGGUCUUGCUUCCAAGGACCACCACCGCACGACGCAAGAGAUUAA